AUGAUUUAAAUAUUAAUAAAUUUAAUGUAAAUUUUUUAACCAAUAGUAAUAGAAAAAGAAAAAGAUUUGUUAAGCAAAAAGCAUCAAUAACAAAUCGAAAAGUGAUACUUGAUUCUUAACUACCAAGAGAUUAAAGACUUUUAUGCAAGACAUGCUAACAAUAGAAUCCAUAUAAUCAGUGGAAUCAGUGUGCUUCUCUCCUGAUGGGACUACAUUAGCAUCUGGUAGUGUUGAUAGAUCUAUCCAUUUAUGAGAUGCAAUAAGAGGAGAGUAAAAAGCCAAAUUGGAUGGUCAUGAUCAUAAUAUCCAAUCUGUAUGUUACUCUCCUGAUGGUAGUACAUUAGCAUCUGGUAGUUGGGAUAAGUCUAUACGUUUAUGGGAUACUAAGACAUGAUAAAGAAAAGCCAAAUUAAAUGGUUAUAAUGGCAUCAUCUACUCAGUAUGCUUCUCUCCUGAUGGCAUUACUUUAGCCUCUGGUCAAUAGAGUAAAUUUAUCUUUUUAUGGGAUGUUCAGACAGGAUAACUAAAAGACAACUUUGAAAGUCAUGCUGAAUAAGCUUACUUAGUUUGCUACUCUCAUGAUGGUACUAUUUUAGCAUCUUGUUAUAAUGAUAAUUCUAUCCGUUUAUGGGAUGUAUUGACAGGAUAAAAAAAAGCCAAAUUAAAUGGUCAUAGUAGCUAUAUUAAUUCUUUAUGCUUCUCUUUGGAUGGUUCUACUUUAGCAUCUGGAAGUAGUGAUAGCUCAAUUCGUUUAUGGGAUGUUUAGAUAGGUUAAUAAAAAUCCAUAUUGAGUGGUCAUAGGGGAACUGUCUUGAUAGUAUGCUUCUCUCCUGAUGGUAUUACUUUAGCAUCUUGUAGUAGUGAUAGUUCAAUUCGUUUAUGGGAUGUUUAGACAGGUUAAUAAAAAACCAAAUUGGAGUGGAAUAGUGAAUCAGUCCGCUAGUUAUCCUUCUCUCCUGAUGGUAGUACUUUAGCAUCUGAUAGUAAUAAUGUAUCUAUCUUGUUAUGGGAUGUUGAAAAAGAUCAAUUAAUUGACUCUGAAGAUUAUAAUUACAACAAUGUUGUAGCAUAAUUUAAAUUUCCUCUAAUUUAAAACAAUUUUCUAUAAGAAAGUGGUAUUUAUAGUUAUUUUGAUUAAGAUAAUCCUGUU